AGGAUUAGAAACAGCAAACAUGUCGCCUCUUUCUCUGAUCCUCCUCCUCCUCCUCUCCCUUCCAUUAGCAUAUUCCUAUGAAACAGAGGGAUCCCCUGUUCAAAGUUUUGUGGACUGUCUUCCAAUUCACGCCUCACCCUCCAUCCACGGUGUCAUCUACACUCCUCAAAACACUUCCUUCUUGUCCAUCCUUCAAUCUUACAACAGAAACCUCCGAUUUGAAACUCCACAAACCCCAAAGCCUGUGCUGAUCAUCACGCCUCUCGACGCAACCCAAGUCCAAGCCACCAUCGCUUGCGCCAACCCCUUGGGGCUGCAGCUCCGAGUGAGGAGCGGCGGCCAUGAUUACGAGGGACUCUCCUAUCAAGCUCAUGUCCCUUUUGUUCUUCUCGACAUGUUCAAUCUUCGUAAGAUUGAUAUUUACAAGGAUGGCUAUGAUUACGUUGCGUGGAUUGAAGCUGGUGCCAUUCUGGGCGAGCUCUACCAUCGCAUUGCCGAAUUCAGUCCAAAUCUUGCGUUUCCUGGAGGGGUUUGCUUCACCCUCGGCGUUGGAGGUCAUUUCAGCGGCGGUGGCUACGGGAAUCUCAUGAGAAAAUAUGGGCUUUCCGUUGAUAAUAUUGUGGAUGCUUUGUUUGUCGACGCCACUGGGGCUGUUCUUGAUCGUAAGUCGAUGGGGGAGGAUCUUUUUUGGGCUAUUAGAGGAGGUGGGGCUGCCAGUUUCGGGGUUGUUAUUUCGUGGAAGAUCAAAUUGGUGUCAGUCCCUGAAACCGUCACGGUUUUCAACGUGAAUCUGAGACCAGAACAAGGCGCACUCGAUGUGGCCCAUCGAUGGCAGUUCGUGGCCCAUAAUCUGCCAGACGAAUUGUUUAUAAGACUAAUGCAUACCGUAGUGGGUUCAACAACUGAGAAAGGGGAGCUCACAGUGCAAGCUUCGUUCGUUGGUUUGUUCUUGGGAACACCCAAAUCGCUCAUUCCGAUCAUGAACAAGAAUUUCCCUGAGUUGGGUCUGAAGCAAAGCGAUUGCCGCGAAGUAAGAUGGGUUGAAUCCACCAUAUUUUGGUACAAGGGCCCCAUAGGAAGCAACAUUGAUAUUCUGCUUGAAAGACCCAAAAACGGAUCCUAUUUGUUCAAGGGCAUGUCGGACUAUGUGAAGAAGGCGAUCUCGAAGGAAGGGAUUCUGGGGAUAUGGCGAACCAUGGUCGGAUUGAAUUCCACCUCAUUGGCGAUGCAUUGGAACCCAUACGGCGGAAGAAUGUGGGAAAUUCCAGAAUCUGCAACUCCAUUUCCACACAGAGCAGGGAACCUGUAUUUGAUUCAGUACACGUUAUCGUGGAUGAAACAAGGAAUGGAAUCCACAAACCAUUACAUGAACAUUUCGAGGAGUUUGUACGAAUACAUGACUCCAUUGGUGUCGAGCUCGCCCAGAGAAUCGUUUUUAAAUUACAGAGACCUUGGGAUUGGGGCGAAUCCCAGCACUCAAACAAACUACAUGGUUGCUGAAGAAUACGGGCGGAAGUAUUUCAAGGGGAACUUUGAUCGGUUGAUGAAGGUGAAGACGAUGGUGGAUCCUCAUAAUUUCUUCAGAAACGAACAGAGUAUUCCUCCGUUACCUAAAGAAAAGAAAAUCUUAGUGGCAUGACUGCUAAGCAUAUAGUUGCUGUGGUGUAGUGGUUAUCACGUUAGUCUUACACACUAAAGGUCCCCAGUUCGAUCCUGGGCAGCAACAAAUAUAUCAUUCUUUUUCCUUUUUAAUAAAUAACCUUAUAAAAUUAGAAGGGCAAUUAAUUGAAAAUGCCUAAAUAUAUAUGUUUAUAUGAAUAUGAAGAUUGUAACGUUUAACGGAAGGGGGAAUAAAUAAGUGUUAUUAAUAAAUGAUUUUUCGUUU